AUGAUUCUGUAUGAAAGCUUCCAGGUGGACACCGACUACGAGCUGAGUCUGCGUGUCAAGAACGUGUCGUGUUCGCUGCUCUGGCUGCGGCUGGUGCCGCCGGCCACGCCACAGUUUCAGCUGACGCGGAUCACGUUUCCGGGUGCGCAGUGUACGCUGGCGCCGGGCCUCUCGCUGGACGUCCGGCUGACAUUCAGCGCCCGCCGCCGGCGCACCUACCGCGAUCGCGUGCUGAUAAUGACGCCGCUGGGCGAGCUGGCCGUGCCGCUGAUCGUCAGCCAUCGGCCGCCUGUGCUACGCAUGGACGCCAACAUCGCGCUGGGCGAGGCGCUGGUGGGCUGCCGCAAGCGCCGUCGCGUGUUAGUCACCAACGAGGGAGGCCACGGACAGUUCUGCGUUCAGCACGUUACGGUGCGCGGCUGUGGCGUGCGCGGCGGGGCCGGCAUGGUGGCAGCGCGCGGCGAGUUCCACGAGCCGACGGUCGGGGAACGCGCGGACAAGUACUGCGCCCACUUCUUGCGCCUGCCGACCACGCUGCCGGAGCUGGAGUCGCGCCGCACACUCCGGCUGCGCAACACGAGCGGUGUCGAACUGGCCUAUCGCUGGCAGAGCCGACCGGCCGCCAUCGACGUGUACGGCACGGACGCAGCGGACGUGGCUGCUGGCUGCGACACGCGAGUGAUGCCGUCACGUGGCACGCUACUGCCAUUCCAGGAGGUGGACGUGACGUUCGCGUGCCGCACGCGCUGGCUGGGCGAGCGGCGUGUCGUUUGGAGCCUGCUGCUGGAGGGGCUGCCCGAGAUGGCGCUGUCCGCCGACGAUGUGCGUUUCGGCCCGGACGGGCAGCGCGCCGCAUACGAGGUGCAGACGCUGUGCCGCUGUGAGCCGCUGCCGCUGUCGCUGGAGCCGCCCAUGCUGCGCCUGCCGGACCACGUGCCGUUCUGGACUCGUGUGAGCCGGUCGCUGGCGCUCGUCAACGACUCGGACUACGCGGCACCGUUCACAUGGGAGACGUUGAGGCGCGGCGAUCUGCUGGUCUGCGUGAGCCCCACCGAAGGUACGAUACCGGCGCACAGCCGGCUGCCCACGACCGUGACGCUCUGGUCGGCGCGCGGGCUGCAUCUGACCACCGAGCUGCGCUGCGUGAGCCGUCAGUUCCGGCGCUGCGUCUGCCUGCCGGUGGUGGCCAGCUUCCUCGGCCCUGAGGUCAGCGUCAGCACGCACCGGCUCGAUUUCGCGCGCACGCGCGUCGGCGAACGCGCCGAGCGCCAGCUGACGCUGUCCAACACCACCAAGCUGCCGCUCGAGUGGCGCACGUCGCGGAUCGUCGAGCGCACGUCCGAGCAGCCGGCCGAGCGGCGCUGGCGCUUCGACAGCCGCUCGGACCCGUUCUCGGUGAGCCCGACGGCCGGCCUGCUGCACGCUGGCGAGCAGGCGCUGGUCACGAUCGGCUUCGAGCCGCGCGCGCCGGCCUCCUACGACAUGGUGCUGGACGUGUGCGUGGAGGGCAGCGCGCAGAGCAGCACCGUGUCGAUCGGCGCCGAGGCGUGCCACCUCUCCCUCUCCGUCACGCCCGCCUUCCACCGGCUGCAGGCGUACGUGGCCGGUACCGUGGAGCUGAUGGUGCUCGUGACCAACACGUGCGACCUGGACGUGCCGUUCCGGUGGGACGUGCCGCCGUGUGACCAGGUGGAGGUGGAGAUCGAGCCGGCGACCGGCGUCCUGCUGCCGUGGGCCACGCUGGUGUCGCAGAUGAGCGUGACCGGUCUGCAGUCCGGCCCGUUCGGCUACUACUGCGUCCCGUGUCGACUGGCGGACGGCUCGGACGCCACGUACCUGACGCUCUACGGCGACGUGAUGGCACUCUCAGCGUCGGUGCACAUCGCACCCAACUGGGGUCACCGACCGACCGGUGUGCCCGACCUGGGGGAGGGCCGGGAGGUGUUAGGGCGCAGCCGGCGCCGCGAGCUGGAGCGACAGGCGCGCGAGGCUGAAGAGCUGGCGGCACGGGAAAAGGAGCCACCCCCUGAGAGUGGGCAGCAGGCGCCGCCGCCGCCAGAGGCGCCGCCCAGUCCCAAGACCAAGAAGGGUAAGAAGAAGCUGGUGAAAGGCGGCAAGAGGGGCAAGGGAAGGGGUGCUAAGAAGGAGGAGCAGCCCAAGCCUCCAGAGCCCGAGCCGGAGCCUGAGCCAAAAGAGCCAGAGCCACCACCGCCGCCGCCGGAGCCGACUGUGGAGGAGCUGAUGGAGGAGUGGGAGUUGCUAGAAGCCGAAGACGCGGGCUGCGGCCCGCUCGUGCUGCUCUUUGGUCACGAUGUGGACGUGCGCGCGGUAGUCGUCCGCGAGUUCCACGUGCGCAAUGACACGCCGAUCUCCACAACCUGUUCGGCACGAGUGCUGAAUUUCCCGGGCCGGGAGCAGGAGCGCUGCGUCGGCGAGCCACCCUUGGCCGUCGAGGUGCGUCGCAUCAACGACCUGGAACGGAAGGACGUGUGGUCGGACCUGCUGUCUGACGGCCGGGGGCUGGCGCUGCUGGUGCGGCCGGCCACCUUCCACGUGCCGGCGCAGAGCCAGACGCUGGUGCGCGUCUUCUGCUGCGCCGACAUGUGGGGCUGGUACCAGGACCAACUGGUCGUGUCUGGCGACGGCAUUCCCGACCUGUGCGUCGACCUGCGCGUCGGCGUCACCGGCUCGCCGGUGCUCGUGGUCAACACGGGCUCCAACCACGUGCGUUUCGGGUGCCAGUUGUACGGCGCGCCACCGGUCGAGCGCCACCUGUGCCUCAACAACGCGUCGCCGUGUCCGAUCCAGCUGAAUAUGGCCGUGGCGCUGACGUCGCCGUGCGAGGCGCGGCCGCCGCCGUUCCGCGCGCACGUCUCGCUCGGCGCCGACUUCGAGCCGGCACUGAAGCUGUGGGAGUGGCGCACGCCGUCCGAGGAGUUGCGCCUGGGCCUUCGGCCCGUGUUCGGCGAGGAGGAGCAGGCCUACUACACGGUCACACCCGAUGUGGUCGUGGUGCCGGCGCGCGCCAAGGCCUGGCUGCUGGUGCAACUGCACCCGGUAUGCCUGCCGCCGGCCAGCUCACAGUGGGAGUGGAAGCGGCGCCAGCAGCCGCUGGACGUGGUGGCCUGGCUAACGGCGCACAUGUCGCUGCGGACGCAGGACCAGACCCCCGACGGCGGCCACGUCACCCGCGCGCACGGCUACCGGCGCCGGCCGCUGCAGGUGCAGCUGCGCGCGCAGCUGCGCACCGCCUAUCUGGACGUGACGUACCCGGAGCCGGCGGCGGUGGACGUGGAGGUGCUGUGCUGGAGUACGCUACCGUUCGUGGUGGUGCGCGCCGCCUCGCCGCGCGGUACUGUCGAGUGGCCUGAUCGCUGCACCGUACCGCGCAGCGGCCACACUCAGCUGACGAUCGAGUUCGUCUGCUCGCGUGCGCUGCUGCGCUUCUGCCUGACGGAGCAGCUGGCUGGGCCGCAGCGCUCGGCGCUGCCCCCCUGCACCUCCGAGUCGCUGCAGAAUCUGCUCUGCUCACGCCGGGCGGAGAUGGCGGCCGAGCAUCAUGCCGCCGCCGACUGCCUGCACGACGUCCAGGUGGAGCUCAUCGAGACGGAGCUCGGCGAAGAGCGCGUUCGCUUCACCUCGCGUCUCGUGCUCCAGUACAUGGACUCGCACGUGCAGGCGUUCCCGGUCGAGUGCACGCUCGUGCUGCCGGCGCUGCACGUGUCGGUCGCGAGCGUCGAGUUCGCACAGGUGACGGUGGGUGACGUGGCACGGCGCGGCAUCUACAUCUCCAACCCGACGCUCGGCGAGCUCAGCUGGUCCUCGCGCCUCGAGCCGCGCCUGCCGUCGCCGCAGUCGUCGGCGACGAGCCGCUCCGCGCGUCGACGCAGCACACGCACGGUACCGCGCCGGCCCGACGCCGCCACGUUCCGCUUGGCGCCUGAGCUGGGCGUGCUGCCGCCGCGCGGCCGCACACACCUGGAGCUGACGUUCGCGCCAGCCAUCUGUGCGCUGUACUCGGCCGUGGUGGAGCUGACGGGGCCCUGCCUGCCCGAGCCCGUCUGCGUACUGGUCACGGGCGAGGGCACGUACGAUGAGCUGCCGCACAUGCCCGGCGCGUGA